UCCUUGCCCGUUGGGCCCAGUAUAAAAGAGGUGCAGAGGAGUGGGAGGGAUCCCGGAGACCCCAAGGCCAUAAGGGAAACUGAGGCACAUACACAGGUGCCAAUGGUGGGCUGGGCUCUGUGCAUGGCGCUGGUGCUGGCAGCGCUGUCAGGCGCGGUGGGUGAGACCCGCUACGAGAAGUUCCUGCGGCAGCACGUGGACCAUCCCCGGACAUCCCCGCUCUCGGCACACCGCUACUGCGAGACCAUGCUGGCGCGGCGGCAGGUGACAGCGCCCGGCCGGCCCUGCAAGCCCUCCAACACCUUCGUGCAUGCUCCGGCUGAGGAGCUGGUGGCUGCCUGCACCCAGGCGCCUGAUGAAGCGGGAUUCCACAGCACCCCGACGCCCAUGGGCCUCACAGCCUGCCGCCUGCGCGGGGGGAACAACCGGCCCCCUUGCUCCUACCGGGCAUUGCAGGUUCAGCACCACGUGCGUGUCUCCUGCCGUGACGGGCUGCCCGUGCACCUCGCUGGCACCUAUGCUCCUCCCCAGUGAAGCUCCACAUGGGGGGAAUGUGGAUUCUCCCUCCCACUGGAGGCCCUGAUAAGGCCUGCAAUAAAGGAGAUGCUACAGG